AUGCCUGCCAAGAUCGCUGUUAUCUACUAUUCGACGUGAGUUUUGCAUCUGUCACCGAGGCCAUGGUGCUUACACUGGACUCCGUGCAGGCGGGUCGGAGAGCGAGCGGCGCCCUUACCCCACACCCCCUAGAGAUCCUGUACCUGCGGACGCUGACUACAUACCUCUCGAACCAACAGCUACGGUCAUGUUCGCACGCUUGCUGAGUCUGAAGCGAAGGGCGCUAAGGAGGCUGGAGGUGACUGGAUGCUUGAUCAUGUUAUUCAGCGUUAGGAAAACCGCCUCUGACUAAGACGGCCGAUCUUCUUUCUCUGCCACAGCCGAUGUCACCAUCCUCCAAUUCCCCGGUGGGCAUCUGAGGCUUACGCAUACUUUGUCUCGAUAUCUUACCCUGUAUUCCAUCAACAGAAACCUUGAACGAGGAGAUCCGUGGCAAGAUGCACGCCGCACCCCUGUCCACCGAGCACCCGACCGUCUCUGCUGCCGACCUCGAGUUGUACGAUGGCUUCUUGCUCGGCUUCCCCACUCGAUAUGUAAGUUCGAACCUUAAUCUACAGUACCGAUUAUGUCUAUGGGAUAUACACGUGUAGAUGAACUCACUGGAACUGAUGCGCGCCGAGCCUCUGUCAUUCGAUCUCGCCCGUUCUUCCAGGGCCGAGCACCAGCUCAAGUGUCUGCAUUCUUCGAUCAAACUGGAGGCCAGUGGGCCCGUGGCGCCUUGUUCUCUAAGUUUGCGGGAGUGUUUACGAGCUCGGCUUCUCAACAUGGCGGACAAGAGACCACCGCUUUGACGACGAUUCCCUUCUUCGCGCACCACGGUAUCUCGUACGUGCCCAUCGGGUUCGCCGCACCGCAGUUGACCGAUCUCUCCGAGGUCGUCGGUGGCUCGGCCUGGGGUGCUGCCGGUGUCGCUGCCGGUGAUGGCUCGCGUGCCAUCUCCGAGAAGGAGACCGCCAUCGCCAAGUUCCAGGGCAAGUCUUUCGCCAACCUCGUCAAUACUUUCGUCGCGGGUAAAUCGGCGUAAGUGUCCAAGCUUCGCCUGGCGUUCUCACUGCUCAGCUCUCUAGAAUGCGUAAGGGAUAGGACAAGGAUAGAGCAUGUGCAAGAACGUAGCAUCGUGUUUUGUUUGUCCAAUUCAACACUCCAAUUUUCCCUGUCCCAAACUCCUGCGCACGAUCGAUAUUAUGACAUGCAAGCUGAUGACUGCAUUUCUUCUCCUAUUCUCGCUUCUCCCCCCACUCAAAUCACAGUCUGGCCAAGGAGUCCGCCGAAGCCUCCACCGCCGAGGAGCCCAUCGCCGCCAAGGCCAUCCCCGCGUCGGGUCCGUGGCAAACUUGGCUCUGUGGAUCAGAACAUCAAAGUACUGACACCAAUCUUGUCAUGCUCUGGUCACCAUAGCUGCCGCCGCCACGACGACUACGGCUGCGGACUCGACCCCUUACCAAGUCGAGCCCGAGGCGCAACAAAAGCCCCUCCCCGCUUCCACGGCCACCCAUUCGGCUCCUGCUGCGCCUGCGCUGAUCCCCGUCCCUGCUGCUACGGCUAACAAUGCCAAGAAGUCGUCGGGGGGGUUCUUCUGCUGCGGUGGCAAGUCGAGCAACUACGACUCGUAG